AUGUCUACACUCAUUCAUGACUCCCGCAUCCCUGCGCUGUGGCCUCACUCUCCAAAAUCACACAUGGCGCGCCCGAAAAGGAGACUAGAUGAGGACGACGGGAAUCAGGCGAAGCGCCUGAGGCGGGACGAGGGGUCGCUGCAGGACCACGUCAACCCGAUUGUGCAAGGCCCGUCUGCGUUCGCUGGAAGUUUUCACACGGCCGACGCUAAAAUACCGGUGCAAAGCAUCAAUUUGCCUUUCCCGUCUCCUCGGCCGAAACGCCAACGAGAUCAGGACGAUGACGACGAUACCGAUAGCCUGCCAAGCAUCGACCUGCAACCCCUUACGAAACGAAUACGACCGAUGGAACAGUCAGUGCCCGACCUUACAACAACCAUCCAAAGAUCGCAACCCGUCGCGUUGGAUACGGAUAGCUUGGCCCUCGUCCCGUAUAUACGACAAUCGCCACCUGCAGAGAGUAUGCCGAUUCCGACUACAAAGGAACAUGCCUUUUCAAUCGAUGAGAUGUUGGCGCAGAACCUGCAUGCGCCUUCUUGGGGCGACUUUCCACGAUAUAGUUUUAGUGAGGGAGACGGGCAACUAGUAUUGUACACAGGGGGAAGAUGGAAGCCGCGAGAGACGGGUGAGGACGAAGCGUCCAUGGAGGAUCAGCAGUGGGGUGGGGCGGGUAGAGAGGGGCAGUUCUCUGGGGAGGGAGCGGGCGUGAGCUCGGAUAUGAUGGAGAUAGAUUGUUGA